AUGAAAAAACAGAGCACUCUGUUUUCCGCCGCAGCAUUCCUCUGCCUCCUCCUCCUCUGCCUCAAGAAGACCACAGCAGGACAAUCCCCUGCAUCAUCUCCAACACAAUCCGCCGCAGCAGCACCACCAGCAUCCACCCCGGCAGCAACCCAACUCCCAGCCCCCGCCGGACCAACAAACGUCACCAAAAUCCUCGAAAAAGCCGGCCACUUCAACACAUUCAUCCACCUCCUCCGAUCCACACAGGAGGACAGCCACCUCCUCACCCUCCUCAACAACUCCAACAACGGCGCCACCAUCUUCGCCCCGUCGGACUCCGCCUUCUCCUCCCUCAAAUCCGGCACCCUCAACUCCCUCUCCGACGAGGCCAAAUCCGAGCUCGUCAAGUUCCACGUCGUCCCCACUUUCCUCUCCUCCGCCCAAUUCCAGACCGUCAGCAACCCGAUCGCCACCGAGGCCGGAUCCGGCGGCCGCGUGUCGUUCAAUCUGACCGCGUACUCCGAUUCCGUCAACAUCACCACGGGGCUCACCAACACCAGCGUCGCCGGGAAUGUGUACGCCGACAAUCAGCUGGCGGUUUACAGGGUGGACAAGGUGUUGCUCCCUGUAGAUAUCUUUGCCGCCAAGCCUCUUGCUCCUGCUCCGACUCCCGCGGCGGCGGAGAAACCCAAGAAGAAGAAGGGGGCUCCGGCCGGCGAGGGGGAGGAGGCCGCCCCCGUUGUUCAGGUGGGUACGUCGGCGGCGGCUGCCGGGAUUUUGGGAAUUUGGAGCGUUAAGGUGACUGCGGCUUGUGUGCUUGUUCUAGCUUAUACUUAUGGCGGCUAA